AUGGAUAGUGAACAAGAUAAAUUACCAAAUAAAAAUUAUUCGUUAAUUGAAACUGAAAAACUAACUCAAUCAAACAUCGUUCCAUCUGUAACAACACCAGUGAAUACCGAUCAUGAUAACAAUGAUACUCUACCGAAUGAUAAGGUAGAAGAUAAUAAGGAACAGGAAGAAAAUGAAGGUGAACAUAAUUUUGAUUCAUUUAUUCUCGAAAAUUUUACACAGUUUUCUGGUGAACAAGAUGUAAAUGUUUGGUUGAAUGAUAUCGAGAAAAAAUUUAAUCGAUUACAAAUUCCACGACAUUUACGUUUUUCAGUUAUUCCAUUAUUGGUCGAAGGACAAGCACGAAAAGUCUAUAUUAAAAAUAGACGACAUAUACAAUCAUUUGAUGAUUUCUACGAAACUUUAUUGUCACAUUUCGACAAAGAUGAUUCUCUGUCAACAAUUACUCACCAACAACAAAAUCUUUUAUCCCAAUCUAAUUUAAAUCAUCAAACAAAAUCAUCUGAAGAAAAAAAUUCACCGUCAAUGAUGACAACUUUCGACAACCCUCAUUUUCCCGAAAAACCACCAAAACAUCAUUCAACGGCGUUGAAUGAUUGUAGUGCCGCUACUUUAAGUGGCGAGUCACUAGUCUCACACUCAACUUUAGUUUGUAGUAAUUCUAAUCCUAAUACUAGUAAUACAUCUAAUCCCGAUGAUACAACAAAUGUACUUCGUAAAGUAUUACUUGAAAGUUUAAUCAAAAAUCCAAAGACGUUUCAAGGUGGAAAAGAUGAUGUUAUGCAAUGGUUAGAAGAUAUUGAACAUCUAUUCGAUAUAGCACAUAUUCCCGACACAAAUAAAUUAGAUUUAAUAUCGUAUUCGCUCCGAGGAGAAGCGCUUCGAUGGUUUAAAAAUAAUAAAAAUAUAUUAACUACUUGGACACCAUUUGUAUACGAAUUCAAAAAGGCAUUUACUUCAGCUUAUCAUGAAGAAUUGGCAUUCAAGAAACUAGAAUCAUACACUCAAGGAGAAAAUCAAUCGAUUCGCAAUUUCUAUAAUGAAGGACUCAAACUUUGUAAUGAAGCAGAUUCAACAAUGAGCGAAUCUACAAAAUUACGAAAUCUUCUUAAUAAAACUAAACCAACUAUUCAAUUUGAAGUCCGAAGGAAAAAGCCAACAACUGCAAAAGAAUUUCUUGAAUAUGCUAAAGAAACUGAAGAACUUUAUCAAUUAUCAAAUCAUAGUACGAAUACUCAACUUAAUACUACUAUUAAUACCAACAUUAGUACUGCAUCAACUACAUCACCAUCUCCUAUGAUUCCAUCCAUGGUUAAUAAUUAUUCUAAUUCUUUUCCAAAUAUGUCUCAGCCACGACAUUGGAACACAUUUGAUAAUAACUAUCGUAUUAACUAUAAUAAAAAUAAUUUUAGUUCACUAUAUACAUCACCUACAUAUAACUCAUCAUUACAAUCACGUCCGUCACAAUAUCCAUCGACAAAACCGCAUAUACCAUCACAAUUUCCACAAAAGUUUACUCCACAACGAGUUUGUCCGAAUCAACCACAAACAUUCCAUAAUUAUUCUAAUACUAAUAAACAAACACAUACUCAACAACGUUCAAUCAUCUCAUCUCGUAAUAACCCACGACAAAAUAAUGUCAAUAGUUUAAUUACAUUAGAUGGUUCAACACAACCCGCGUUACAACAAUUACCUAUUUCUAUUGAUAAUUGUACUCGCUGCAAUCAAUUUGGGCAUCAGGCUAUGGCAGGCUCAAAUUUCUAG